AUGAGUUAUUCCCACCCAAAAAAAAAAAAAAAAACUGAAACAACCACAACCACAAGCACAACUACAAAUACAACUACAAACACAAAUACAACAAUUAAUGAUUUUACAGAAUCAGCAGAAGAAUUAAAAAAAAAAUUAAAAGAUAUAAAUGAAAUUUUUGAUAAAUGUAAUUUUGAAGAAGAUGAAAUACAAGAUGAUGAGUUAAAAAGUAUCCAACAUCAAUCUGAAUGUAUUUUAAGAUUAAGAAUUUUAUUAAAUGAAUGUGAAAAUUUAAAAAGAAGAGUGGGUUUUUUAAAAAGUCAGACAAACAAAGAAAGUGAAUUUAGUUUGGCCCAAAGUGAAUUAUUAAAAACAUUUGAAAAAAUUUUUGAAAUUAAAAUAAAAAUGAAUCAAAAUAAUAAUAAUAUUAAUAAUAAUAAUAUAUCAAAAGAUGCCAUUGAUUUUUAA